CUUAGCCUACGCCCCUCCCACUUUAUGACCACCUUUACUUCCGUCUGACUUUCAAUUGCCCCGGGGCCUUAGGGCUCGCCGCUAGCCUCUUUCCUCUGCUGACUUGUAUGCAGCAGCUUCUUGAGAGUAACAACAAAAGGAAAGCUAUUGCAACAUGAGACCCUACUAGCAAUUGUUUUUCUGGCCUGUAAGCCAAAGAGUUUUUUCGAACCAAGGAAUACAGCAAUCUCUAGCCCUCUUUUUCUCUCAACGACUCAACUUCUACCCAGCAACAGACAUCCUGAUCCCGCCUUUCUUCUUUGUUAUUGGCCAACUUGAAUCGUCAUCUGCCAUUCUGAUUGGUCAUCCGUGAUGGUCCGGAUUAUUUCAAUUGGCCGAACUACCAGGGGAUUUUUUUUUUCCGGGUUAGUCCGCUGGGGAGGCGGGGUCAUUUCUGCGGGAUUAUUUUUUUCCGGCGCUGCUUCUGAUUGGGCGAUGUGGUACAAAUGCGCGCGACCCGUUAGGCACCAAACUGUCAGGAGAUUCGACCCUUUCCUCUCCGUGCUACUGCCCGUAAACCGAAGCCCUGGAGGAGACUUCCGGGCUUGAGCAUCUGCAGAGGGCGAGGAACUGGCUGUGGCGCCUGGUGGGCUUGCAAUGGGGGUGCUGUAAGGCCUUCUCUCUCCUGUGGGUUGGAGUGAACGAGCCUCAUUCACCUCGGUUUCCCAGCUUGUGGCACUGACAUCAUCAAAUGCUUGUUGAAUAAGGAGAAAUAAAGAGCUGGAGUGGAGGCAAGCUCUCCCUAUUUCUUUUAGCAGUAGUCCCCGCCUACUCCUUUCUACUUCCAGGUCAGAGGGGGGCGUAUCCAAGAGGAGGAAGCGAAUUCUGCCGGCGUUCGCACGCCGGCCACAAUUCUUUAGUAGGGCCUUUGCUUUUUCGUGGUGGGGGGGAGUCGACUUACUUCGGAAUCGCCUGUGUUAGGAAAUCACUUAAUCUUUGGUUUCACUAUUCUCACAUCCUCUUCCUAAAUAGUUUCCUACACUUCUGGAGAUUGAAAAACUGCAGAGAGGAGAGAUGUGGCUCUAGUAAAAACAAGCAAAGCUCACGUCCCAAGGGCUGGGGCCUCCUGGAGAAGGAUAAUUUUCCUGCAUUCUUAAGUCGGCUACCAAAAUCAGUUAUUUUGCUCCCAACCCCAGAGCUUCAGUUGCUCUUUCACUUCCCAGUUCGCAAGAGCACUGGGUGACAAAGAGUUAUGGAGAAGCGCCUGCAGGAGGCCCAGCUGUACAAGGAGGAAGGGAACCAGCGCUACCGGGAAGGGAAGUACCGAGAUGCUGUGAGUAGGUACCAUCGAGCUCUGCUUCAGCUUCGGGGUCUGGAUCCAAGUCUGCCCUCCCCGAUACCUAACCUAGGGCCUCAGGGCCCGGCUCUCACACCUGAACAAGAAAACAUACUGCAAACCACCCAGACAGACUGCUACAACAAUCUAGCUGUUGUGAAAUAGGGAAUGUGUUUCCCUUGUUAAUUGUAGAAAGGCAGAACAUUGACUUGAACAUUGCCUCCUAAGCAGCCUGCCUCCUUCAGAUGGAGCCAGUAAACUACGAACGAGUGAGAGAAUACAGUCAGAAAGUCCUGGAACGACAGCCUGAUAAUGCCAAAGCCUUGUAUCGGGCUGGAGUAGCCUCUUUCCAUCUGCAGGACUAUGACCAAGCUCGACACUACCUCUUGGCCGCUGUCAGUAGGCAGCCUAAAGAUGCCAAUGUCCGGCGGUACCUCCAGCUGACACAGUCUGAACUCAGCAGCUACCAUAGGAAAGAGAAACAGCUCUACCUGGGCAUGUUUGGUUAACGAAGAAGAAAGAUGCUCCUUCGCUUGAAGUUAGGUGGACUAUUAACCCAUCAAGGGGAAACCUGAGCCUCAGCAAGAGAAAUUAACCCUAUACCUCUGACCCAGGUGGAUUUCUGUUUUGUUUUCAGUUCUGCAAACUCUUUACUACAUAUACAGUCUGUGUGUCUUUUUGUCUGUCAAUCUGUAUAUUUGUAUAGCUUUCAAUAGAUGUUGGGGAUAUUUGCCUUGAGAAAUACAAUCAGAAAACAU